AUGGAUGAGCUCUUUCUUCUUCCCGCAUCCCCGCUUGCAGCACCCCGUGCGUACUGGGAUGAGCCCGAGUAUGGCUUCUUAGGGUCUUACAUCAUGCUCAUACAGCCAUCUGAGUUUGAGUUCAACAGGAUAUUGACAGCUGUCAUGGCAUCGAAUCCGAACGAGUAUGAUAUGGAGAUCAUUAACAAAUUGUACAGAAGUAAUGCUCUGGUAAUACCUCAUCGGCCUUAUGGCCUCUUGAGCGGCGAGUUUCGGAACAAAGAGCAUUCAAAAUACUUGGGAAAUUCAGAAGAAGAUUGGGACCCGGAAAAGAUCUUGAGAGAUGCAAAGUUGGUUCACUUCUCAGAUUGGCCAGUUCCCAAGGUAUCCAAGCCUUGGUUUCAUGAUCCAAAAAUCACCAUAAAAAAGCAACCCUCUUGCAUCAAAGUCGAAAGUCCGCAAUUUGAUGAUUGUCGAGCUCGGGAUAUAUGGCUUGAGUUGUAUGCGGACUUUGCAAGGCGACGGAAAGUAAGAGUGUUCUUCGACGAGUGA